GACGCGCAUGUGGGGCCGGCCCCGCGGAGCCCCACUCUGAGUCGCCGGCGCUCCGCCGCCCAGGGACCGACGGCGCGGUGCGGUGCGCGGCAGCAUGCGGCUCUGGCUGGGCUUCGGGCUGCUGCUGAGCGCCGAGCUCAGCGCCGUGUCCGCCGCGGGAUGUUCCGGUUGUGGAAAAUGUGAUUGCAGUGGAGUAAAAGGGCAAAAGGGAGAAAGAGGCUUGCCGGGACUACAAGGUGUGAUUGGGUUUCCUGGAAUGCAAGGACCUGAAGGUCCCCCUGGGCCACCAGGGCUUAAGGGUGAUACUGGAGAACCAGGACUGCCAGGAACAAAGGGAACAAGAGGCCCCCCAGGAGUAUCAGGCUUUCCAGGAAACCCAGGCCUUCCUGGCAUUCCUGGACAAGAUGGCCCUCCUGGUCCACCUGGCAUUCCAGGAUGUAAUGGCACAAAGGGUGAAAGAGGUCCAGUAGGUCCCCCAGGUUUACCAGGACUGACUGGAAGUAUAGGACCUCCAGGACCUCCUGGAAUGAAGGGAGAUCCAGGUGAAGUGAUUGGUCUUAUAAGUCCUGGUGUGCUAAAGGGUGAAAAAGGGUUUCCUGGCCAACCUGGACUGCCUGGUCCACCUGGAGCUUCAGGAUUUCAGGGACCAAUGGGGCCACAAGGCCCUCCAGGAGAGCAAGGUCCCCCAGGGCCACCAGGACUUCCAGGCGAGAAGGGCUACAUGGGCUUGGGGUUUCAGGGUCCCAAAGGUGAAAAGGGAGAACAAGGGGUAAGGGGCCCCCCAGGACCCCCAGGACCAGCACCUCAUAUGAAGGAAAAAGGGAGUGAAAUCAUAAAGGGAGAAAAGGGUGAUCCAGGCGAAAAGGGCGAACAGGGAAUCCCAGGAUUGCCAGGUUCAGGUUUCAAAGGAGACAAGGGUGAGCCUGGGAAGCCUGGUCCACGUGGAAAGCCUGGAAAAGAUGGUGAACCAGGACUGAAAGGAGAACCUGGUUUGCCUGGAGGGUUUGGGAUUCCAGGACGGCCUGGGGAUCCUGGCACCAAGGGUGACAAAGGGGAGCGAGGUUAUCCAGGACCUCCAGGAAGAAUGAUAGAUGCUGGACCAAUAGAUACCUUUGGUGAAAAAGGAGACCCUGGAGUUUCAGGUUUGCCUGGACUGAAAGGUCAAAAAGGUGAAAAAGGCUUCCCUGGUGCACAAGGAAUCCCAGGACCUCCAGGUCGACCAAUUCCAGACCGGGUAGGAUCACCUGGUGUCCCUGGAGAGAGAGGUGAAAAAGGUGAAAAGGGUUCUCCGGGAUUCCCUUCACCUGGAAUCCCUGGAAGAGAUGGUUUCCCAGGUCCCCCUGGGUUGCCUGGCCCACCAGGACCUCCUGGCAUAGCAGAUGGAAUUGAUCAGUGCCAGCAGGGAGAACCUGGUGCACCAGGUAGUCCUGGACUUCCAGGAAGAGAUGGAUUUCCAGGAGAGAUGGGAGAGAAAGGUGACAAAGGUGAAGCCUGUGCCUUGUGUGACAAAGUAGGACCUCCUGGACUUCCAGGACCACAGGGACUGCCAGGUCCAGCAGGUUUUCCAGGACAAGCGGGUUUCAAGGGUGACAGAGGCUUACCUGGACUUGAUGGCCUUCCGGGGGUGCCUGGGCCCCCCGGCACUCCAGGACUUAUGGGCAGCCCUGGGGCAAAAGGAGAACCUGGAGAUUUUACUUAUGAUUCUAUCCUGAAAGGCGAAAAGGGAGAUCCUGGUUUCCCAGGACAGCCAGGCGCUCCUGGACGAGAAGGAAGACCAGGAAAAGAUGGAUUUCCAGGUCUUCAGGGUCCAAAAGGAGCAGCGGGUACAGCUGGCUUGAAAGGAGAACGUGGUCCCCCUGGCCAGCCUGGAUUCCCUGGAGUGCGUGGUGAAAGAGGUUUUCCUGGCCCUCCUGGGAUAGGUGCUGCAGGAUUACCUGGUGAAAAAGGAGACAGAGGCUUUGCUGGAACCCCAGGUUUACCAGGACUUCCAGGAGCAAAGGGUGAAGCAGGACGAACUAUAUCGCUCCCUGGACCUCCUGGGGCAGAUGGCCUUCCUGGGCCACCUGGUUUCCCUGGACCCCAAGGUGACAAAGGGAAUCCUGGGCUUCCAGGUAUACCUGGCCUACCAGGAGAAAAAGGUGCUGUUGGGCAGCCAGGUAUAGGGUUCCCUGGACCUCCAGGUCCCAAAGGUUUCCAAGGUCAGCCAGGCUCACCUGGUCUGCCAGGAACUCCAGGAACCCCUGGUCUGGAUGGUUUGCCAGGAGUUCCAGGUUUACAAGGCCAAAAGGGUGAACCUGGUGUAGGUCUGCCUGGCCCUAAGGGAUUGCCAGGCCCCCCUGGCCCAGCUGGUAUCCCUGGAGAAAAGGGAAAUCCAGGACUGCCUGGUUUACGUGGCGAACAAGGCUUUCCAGGCAUACCUGGACAGCAAGGAUUCAGAGGUGACCCUGGUCUCCCAGGUCUCCAAGGCUUGCAGGGCCCUCCAGGUGCACCAGGGCUGGGCCCUCCAGGAUUGCCAGGACCUGCCGGGCAGCCGGGACCCCAGGGACCACCAGGAUUUCCUGGAGUAAAAGGAGAAAGGGGCUUCCCUGGUGUCCCAGGUCUAGAUAUGCCAGGACCAAAAGGGGAUAAAGGCAGCCCAGGCCAGCCAGGAGUCCCAGGCUCUGUGGGGUUACCUGGCCUGCCAGGUCCACAGGGGGCUGUUGGACUGAAAGGAUCAGCAGGACCCAAAGGAGAAAUGGGAGUUAUGGGAACUCCUGGAUUACCAGGAACUCCUGGACCAGUUGGAGAUAGAGGGUUACCUGGUGAAAAAGGUAGCCAAGGUUUCAAAGGUGUAAUUGGACCACAGGGUGAUCCUGGUGUUAAGGGAGAUAAAGGUGAAGCUGGUCUCCCAGGAAAACCUGGAACAAUAGACAUGGACAUGGUUAGCCUCAAAGGCCAGAAGGGAGAUCCAGGAGAAAAAGGCGACCAUGGAGCAGCAGGAGAAAAAGGGCUACGUGGGGAUUAUGGAGAACCAGGAAUUCCAGGGAGAGAUGGUGAACCUGGUACUCCAGGACAACCAGGACCAAAAGGUGAUCAAGGCCCCCCAGGGUACCCAGGGGAUCCAGGAGUUCCAGGACAAAAAGGAUCAGUUGGUGAAAUGGGUUUGCCAGGAACACCUGGAGAAAAGGGUCUUCCUGGAGUACCCGGUUCACCAGGCACACCAGGGUUCCCUGGGCAAAAAGGUGAAAAAGGAGACAAAGGAGCACCAGGUUUUCCUGGAAUUGGCUUUCCAGGGGCUCCUGGUGAGAAGGGAGAACCAGGAAGAACGGGCAGUCCAGGUUUAUCUGGAGACAAGGGUGAAAAAGGUAGUGCAGGAAUUCCUGGAAUUCCGGGUGCCCCAGGUCCCAAAGGAUCCCCAGGCAUGGCAGGAUUUCCAGGAAGCCCUGGCCGUCAUGGAGACAAGGGUGAAAAAGGACUUCCUGGCUUAAGUGGGAUUCCAGGUUUAAAAGGAGAACCAGGUGAACCUGGUGUUCCGGGUCCUGCUGGUGCCAUUGGUCAGAAGGGUGAACCAGGUUAUGAUGGGAUUCCAGGUGCUGCUGGUGCAAAGGGUGAACAAGGUCUUCCAGGUAGAGGACUUCCAGGAUUUCCAGGUGCAAAGGGAGAUAAAGGUGCAAAAGGUGAAGUGGGUUUUCCCGGAUCCCCAGGAAGUCCAGGGAUCCCAGGCCUGAAAGGGGAGCCAGGAUAUGCAGGUCCACCAGGCCCUAAGGGGAGCCAAGGUCUUCCUGGGCUACCGGGAAGUGCAAUUGAAGGCCCUAAAGGAGACAGAGGGCCCCAAGGCCAACCUGGUCUUCCAGGUUUACCGGGUCCAACAGGGCCACCAGGACCUCCAGGUCUGAAAGGGGCCAAAGGAGAGCAAGGGAGCAAUGGCUGGCCAGGGGCUCCUGGGGGUCCAGGAAUGAAAGGUGAUCCAGGCUUCCAAGGACUGCCAGGUAGUCCUGGUUUGCCAGGAGAUAUCGGUCCAAAGGGUGAUCUUGGACCUCCAGGAGUUCCAGGUGUUCCAGGUCCAAAAGGAACUCCUGGCUUCCCAGGCCUUAAGGGUGAGCGAGGUGACCAAGGUCUUCCUGGAUCUAUAGGUUUACAAGGCCCACCAGGCCCACCAGGUCCUUUCCAGCUUAUUAAAGGGGAUCCUGGCUUACCUGGACCUGUAGGACCAGUUGGUCUCAAGGGAUUCCCAGGACUUCCUGGUCCCAAAGGACAACAAGGGGUGACAGGACCUUCAGGUGUACCUGGACCACCUGGUAGUCCCGGCUUUGAUGGUCAACCUGGGCAGAAAGGAGAAGCUGGUCCUUUUGGUCCCCCAGGGCCCAGAGGAUUCCCGGGUCCACCUGGCCCUGAUGGCUUGCCCGGGGCUAUGGGCCCCCCAGGGGCACCAUCUGUUGCUCAUGGCUUCCUUGUCACCAGACACAGUCAAACCAUCGAAGAACCAUCGUGUCCAUUUGGGACAAGGCUGAUUUACCACGGCUACUCCUUGCUUUAUGUACAAGGCAAUGAAAGAGCGCAUGGCCAAGAUCUGGGCACAGCAGGAAGCUGUCUUCGUAAAUUUAGUACCAUGCCUUUCUUAUUCUGCAAUAUCAACAACGUCUGUAAUUUUGCAUCAAGGAAUGACUACUCCUACUGGCUGUCAACUCCUGAACCCAUGCCAAUGAACAUGGCUCCUAUCACUGGUGAUAAUAUCAGACCAUUCAUCAGCAGAUGCUCUGUAUGUGAAGCUCCUGCUAUGGUAAUAGCUGUUCACAGUCAAACAAUUCAAAUACCACCGUGUCCUGAGGGCUGGAGUUCACUUUGGAUUGGUUACUCCUUUGUCAUGCACACCAGCGCUGGUGCGGAGGGCUCUGGCCAGGCCCUGGCGUCCCCUGGUUCCUGCCUAGAGGAGUUCCGCAGCGCUCCCUUCAUUGAGUGCCAUGGCCGGGGCACCUGCAAUUAUUAUGCAAAUGCUUACAGCUUCUGGCUUGCCACUAUAGAAAGGAAUGAGAUGUUCAAGAAACCAACUCCGUCAACUUUGAAAGCCGGGGAUCUACGCUCAAAUGUUAGCCGUUGUCAAGUCUGUAUGAGAAAAACAUAAUGACUUUUGAAUUUCAACUAAUUUCACACAAUAUGGUGCUAUUCGUUUAACAGCAAUGAAGCCUAGACAUAUAUCAUAUGUACCUCAUUGUUGUCCAGUAUGAAAACAGUAAAGUGCCUUUUAGGAACUUGCAUAACUAACACACACUGCUUUACUGGCCCUGUCCUUGCUAAAGAAGAAAAGAGACAACAAAGAUAAGCUUCAAAUGUUGACAUGCCAAAUGGCACUUUUGAUCAAAGUAUAUGUAUUUUUUAUAUAAAUGCAAUGCACUGAUAGAAUAAAAAGUCAGCAUUUAUCCAGAAAAAAAAUGCAAAGGUGCUAGGAGGUAUGCAGUUCUGCCUUAUACUGUUUGACCCCCCUUUUCUAGUUCUUGUAUUAUAUAUUUAGAUUCAUUUUUCUUCCCCAGAUAAGUUUGUUACCAUUAUCUAGGUGUCUUAAAAUCCCAGACUCUUAGGUAUGUACUUAUUGUUCUUGUACAAAGAAAUACUAAUGUAAAAAAGAGGUUUGGGAUUACAGACUGUGGUUAAGCAACAUGUAACCAUCUUUUCACAACAUAGAGUGGCAUCCUGCAAACCUUUGCUUCUGUUUGUAGCCUUUAGCAUUGUCAGUAUUAAUGGGUCUAGAUCUGGAAGAGAUUGCCAAAUUGGCUUCACAAAUAGGCAAGUAAGUGUUUCUGCUAUGUUGGUACUAUGCAGCUUCUUUGUGCAGUAGAACAAACUUUCCUGUGGAAUAAAGAAUGAUCCAGCAAUGGUCAAGAAAAAUAUAUAUAUAAAUAUUUUAGUAAUUUAUAUAGAUAUCAACCAUUAGGCAAAUCAAGCUCUGAGUUUAUAAUUUCAAAAAGAAGCUUACAAAAUUUUCUUCUUUUCAGUGUCAUGAAUUAGGUGUUAAAUGCCAAAAUAUGAUGUGAAAUGUUCAUUUUACAUAGCCAUUUCAAUGCUGAAGUUGCAGAGACUGAACCCAGGUUAAUAGUUAUUUGUGUUUAUAAUAGUAAAUCCUGCUUUGAGCUUAUAGUCUUUAUUCUGUAUUUAAUAUUUUUCAGGGUUUUAAACACUACUCACACACUGAAUGACUUGAUUUUGAAAAGUAUAAGGCCUUAAUUUUGUUAAUAUUGUGCCAAAAAUUUCUUCAAAAUGGCCUCAGAAAUAUUUCUAAAGAAUUUCUAUGCAAUGAUACCAUUGUUUGAGCACGUCUGUGUCCAAAAAUGUUUUAUGGACUAUUACCAUGAAAAUACCAAAAGAUUUUUGCAAAUGCCAAGGCCUUUGUGUAAUUUCUUACAUGUGUAUUUCUUAAAAAUUCAAGUUUGUAAUAAAACUAUUUGUGUAAAAAAAAACAGAAGAAAGGGAGAUGUUUUUACUAAUUUGUUAUUAGCAUUCAUUUACAGCAAUGAAUUAAUUUUUAAUAAGUCACCAAUAAAUGCACAAGCUUGAUGCAAUCCUA